AUGUCCUCCAAGACCCCCGUCCUUACCGACAAGGCUCCCAAGCCCCUUCCCGGGAUCUACUCCCAGGCUAUCAUCGCCAAUGGCGUCGUCUACUGCUCCGGCGCUGUAGGUCUGGACCCUGCCACUGGCCAGUUGGUUGAUGGUGAUGUCAAGGCCCGCACUGUAAGAGACCAGGAAACACCGAUCGACCCUAUUCAAUCUGCUAAUACCUCCACCAUCCAACAGCACCAAUGCAUCAAGAAUCUAACCCACAUCCUCGAGGAAGCCGGUACCAACAUCGACAAGGUCGUCAAGGUCAAUGUGUUCUUGUCCAACAUGGAUGAUUUCGCCGAUAUGAACUCCGUUUACGUGCAGUACUGGGGUGAUGUGAAGCCCUGCCGAACGUGA